AAUGUCAAAUUAGGAUUUUGAUUUCCUUACAGUAACUCCAGAAGUUAGAGAAUUAUAUUCUAUACCUACUGAUUAAACGAUAGUUGAAUCUUAUAAAUUUAAGAUAAAUACAGAAUGCUUAUCUUUUAGUCAAAAAUUUUUCAAUGCUAAUGUAAUAAGGAAAUAAUAAUAAAAUACUAGUUUAUUUCACCAAUUGCUGCUGUUGUCUCUGCUGGAAUUUGCACUAUCUCCUAUAUAUCAUUGAGAUAACCAGCUGGAGAUGUUGCAAGAUAAAUCAAAUUUGAGAGAAUGAAUCCAGCAAAAAGAAUGUUUCUGUAAUUUAUAUUAAUUAUUAUAUAGCCGUGGAAUACCAGCUUUAUCUUUGUUUGCCACAGUUUAUUUUGCUAGAUAAUGCAAACCAUAUUGAU